UUGGUUAUUUUUGAAUGAGGCAAAAUAAAUCUUUGAUCAGGUGUUUGUUUGAAUCGUGGGAUUUAAUUAUUAUUAAUUAUUAUAUAAUAUUUAUUAUAAUGUCCGUUGUAAUUCCUGACAAGUUUUGGCAACCUACUCAUGGUGUUUUGGAAACAACGAUGGGCGAGAUCGUGGUGGAGCUGUACUGGAAGCACGCCCCAGCGACAUGCCGCAACUUCGCCGAGCUGCUGAAACGCGGCUACUACAACAACACCAAGUUCCACCGCAUCAUCCGGGACUUCAUGAUCCAAGGUGGCGAUCCGACUGGCACCGGCAAGGGUGGGGCUUCCAUGUACGGCCGAUACUUCAGCGAUGAGAUCCACGAGGAGUUGAAGCACACAGGAGCUGGGAUACUGUCCAUGGCCAACUCGGGGCCAAACACCAACGGCUCGCAGUUCUUCAUAACCCUGGCCCCCACCCAGUGGUUGGAUGGCAAGCACACCAUCUUUGGGCGAGUCUACUCAGGGCUGAGUGUCGUCAAGAGGAUCGGAUUGGUGGAGACUGACAAAAACGACCGUCCGGUGGAUGACGUAAAGAUAGUGAGAGGGUACGUGAAAAGCUAGCACCUCGGAAGUGCAGUCAGCCAGUACUGUGUACAGAACUGGUCAACCUCGUGUUUCUUGAUGCAUUUAUGUUUACUCUGAAAGUUUCUGCGUUGUGAAGUUUGUCUAGCUCAUUGCAGAGUUUUGUUUCAACCAUCAUUACCAACACAAUAAAAUAGAAAAACAAAGUCACCAGAAGCUGUUCCUAGCUGCAGUAUGAAUACAUUGUGUAUGAUUCUUCAUGUAUGUAAUAAAAAAAAGUGUAAAAUGAGAAAUUGGUUUCCUUCUC